UUUACGAUGUUUCUAUUGAAUUGUUAGUUGCUUUGAGAUGUUUAUCACUGUGGGACAGUUGGAUGCUUUCUGACAGCUUUGAAACUUUUAAACUUUACAGGUGAAAAGUGUUUUUUGUUUUUUUUUCUUUAAAGCUGAAGUUUUCACAGGUGAGUUUUUCAUCAGGGUGGAUAUUCAGGUGCAUCUACGAGUGCAGGUGUAUGUGAAACAGACGGUAUCAUCCCUCCUCUAAUCUCUUUAUCCGUGUCAGGGUGACAGAGGAGACUCCUCUGCUGGAUCCUCCGAACCCGCCACUCCUCCGCUCCUUCAUCCCUCCAUUCUCCCCUCUUUUCUCACUGGAUUUAAAACUUUUAAAGGACUUAAAGGGGUGAGGUUUGUGUGUGUGUGUGUGUGUAGGGGGGAACUCUUGUGUUUCCAUGGCGAUUACCUUUCUGGGUGGUUGUUGGAUGUAGGCCACGUAACCAAGGGCCAACCAAGGAUUAUCAGCUGACAGAAAGCCAGAGGAAGAAUACCAUCAUGGCCAAAGUGGCACCAUUAGUCCCACCCCCUGUCUCCAGGUUAAAACCGCCCACCAUCGUCCUGCAAGACAUGGACGAGGAGCCAGAGAUCAGGGAGGAGGACAGAGCUGCUCAGACAUCAGAACCAGGAGUUCUGUUCAACGUUAACAACAGCAACAACAACGAAGACGAGGAGGAGGAAAAGAAGAAGAAGAAGAAAGAGAAGAAAGAGAGAAAGGAGCAGCGGGCGAAAGAGAAGCAGGAGAAGAAGGAAAGGAAGGAGAAGAAACAGAAGGAGAAAGAGGAGAAGGAGAAAGAGAAGGAGAAGGAGAAAGAGAAGGAGAAGGAAAAGGAGAAAGAGAAGAAGGCCAAAGAGGAGGCUCCUAAGGAGGUCUCAGUGAUUGAUCCAGCUGGAAACACAUACUACCACUGGCUGGCCAUUAUCACCAUGCCCGUCAUGUACAACUGGACCCUGAUUAUUGCCAGGGCAUGUUUCGAGGAGCUGCAGACAGAUUAUCUGAUUUACUGGUUCGUUAUAGACCUUUUCUGCGACAUCGUGUACGUUGCUGACAUGAUCUUCAGAACCAGGACAGGCUACCUGGAGCAGGGUCUGCUGGUGAAGGAUGAGAAGAAGCUACGUGAUCGCUACAUUAAGAGCUUCCAGUUCAAAUUGGACCUGAUCUCCAUGAUUCCCACUGACCUGCUAUACUUAGUCUUUGGCAUCACUUAUCCAGAGAUCCGCCUCAACAAGCUGUUUAGGUUCAACAGGAUGCUGGAGUUCUUCCAGAGGACAGAGACCAGGACUAACUACCCCAACGCUCUUCGUAUCUCCAACCUUGUCAUGUACAUCGUCAUCAUCAUCCACUGGAACGCCUGCCUGUACUUUUCCUUCUCCAAGGCCAUUGGUUUUGGCUCUGACAGAUUUGUGUAUCCCGACCCGAAAGAUCCAGAGUUCGGUCGUCUGGUGAGGAAGUACGCCUACAGUAUGUACUGGUCCACGCUGACGCUCACCACCAUCGGAGAAACGCCGCCCCCGCAGGAGAACUCGGAGUACUUCUUUGUCGUCACUGACUUCCUGGUGGGUGUGCUGAUUUUCGCCACCAUCGUCGGUAACGUCGGCUCGAUGAUCACCAACAUGAACGCCGCAAGAGCCGACUUCCAGGCUCGCAUCGACGCCAUCAAACAGUACAUGAGCUUCCGAAAGGUAACAGUUGACCUGGAGAAGCGAGUGAUCAAGUGGUUUGACUUCCUGUGGACCAAUAAGAAAGCAGUGGACGAAAAGGCGGUGCUGAUGUACCUGCCUGACAAACUGAGAGCCGAGAUCGCCAUCAACGUCCACCUGGACACCCUGAAGAAGGUUCGUAUCUUUGCGGACUGCGAGGCCGGUCUGCUGGUGGAGUUGGUGCUGAAGCUGCAGCCUCAGGUCUACAGUCCAGGAGAUUAUAUCUGUAAGAAGGGCGAUAUCGGCAGAGAGAUGUACAUCAUCAAGGAGGGGAAACUCGCUGUUGUCGCAGACGACGGCGUCACACAGUUUGUCGUCUUGAGUGAUGGAAGCUACUUCGGCGAAAUCAGCAUCCUGGCUAUUAAAGGCAGUAAGGCAGGAAACAGGAGGACAGCCAAUAUCAGGAGCAUCGGCUACUCCGAUCUCUUCUGUCUCUCCAAAGACGACCUGAUGGAGGCGCUGACGGAGUAUCCGGAUGCCAAGGCGAUGUUGGAAGAGAAGGGACGACAGAUUCUGAUGAAGGAUGGACUGCUGGACCUGGAGGUGGCAGCGCAGGGCCCCGACCCCAAAGAGAUCGAGGAUAAGGUGGACCGGAUGAUGACCACGCUGGAUGUCCUGCAGACGCGUUACGCCCGGCUGCUGGCCGAGCACGAAGCCAUGCACAGCAAAAUCAAACACCGAGUCACCAGACUGGAGAGGAAGCUGCCGCUGCCGUCUCGAUCCGACCAGCCCGGCGACGCCCCGCCCCCUCCAACACCUGAGACAUAGACCACAGAAGAAGAAGAAGAAGAAGAGGAGAAACGGAGUGGAGAUGAAAAGUUUCACGGAAAGACGGGGGUGUUUGAUUGCAGGGCCUGGGUUAGCCAGGCGGGUGGGGAUCAGGGUUUAAUCAAAAUAAGUUCCAAAAAACCUGAUUUUCACAUUUCAGCUUAAAGAUAAACUUCAGAUUCUGUUCCUUAAAUUCAGAUUCACAUUAAGUCCAGAGGUGUAAAUAAAAAAACAAACCACUUUAAAAGUCUGUAUUUCAAUCAGUCAAAUUCCUGUUUCCCAAGUCAAGUCAUGUUUACUUAUUUAUUAUUAUUAUUUUUAUGUUUUAGGUAUUAAUUUAAUAUUA